UCUUUUUCCGUAGAAAGUUGUGUUGUUUCCAUGGAUUCUGUGCAUGCUAUCUCUUCAGCUAAUAAUGCAUCUUCAUUCACAACUGGUGGAAAUCUCUGGCGUUGUGAACGUUCAACCAAGAAUAUUUGCUAUACAAGUUGUUGUGACUCAAAAGCUUUCCCAUACAAAAGAAAAAGUCAAAUAGAAUAUAAUCCUCUGAUGUUCGAACAAUCAAGAUUGAACAAUCAUUACAAAUGGAUAAGGAACGAAGAAUGCAACAAAAAAUAUGUUGGAAAAGCCAUCUCAAGACCAUAUUCUGAACCAGAAGAUUCUAACACCAAAAACAUCUUGGUAUCUAUAAAAGAAUUUAUGGUUGCUUUCUACUUGUUUUGCUAUCCUUACACCGUGAUUGGUCGGACAUUAAGCACAGUUUCUGCAUCUCUCUUCGUAGUGGCAAAUCUAUCAGAUAUAUCUCCAUUAUUUUUUAUUGGUUUGUUACAGGCUUUGGUACCUCACUUGUUUAUGGAUAUCUAUGUAAAUGGUGUGAAUCAAUUAUUUGACCUUGAAAUAGACAAGAUAAACAAACCCUAUCUUCCAUUGGCAUCUGGGCAAAUAUCCUAUACAACUGGUGUCAUUAUUGUUGCAUCAAGUUUAACUCUGAGUUUUGGGCUUGCCUGGACUAUAGGUUCUUGGCCAUUGAUUUGGAGUGUUGUAUCGUGCUUUCUUCUUUGGACAGCUUAUUCGAUCAAUGUGCCUCUGUUGAGAUGGAAAGGACAUCCCCUACUUGCCGCAAUGGUCAUUUUUGCCACUUGGGCUGUCAUAUUUCCAAUCACAUUUUUCGCUCAUAUGCAGACCUUUGUGUUGAAGAGGGCUAUAAUCUUUCCAAGAUCAAUGAUUUUUUCUGUUGUAUUCUUGGGCUUCUACUCUUUAGGUAUUGCAUUGUUCAAGGAUAUACCUGAUAUCGACGGAGAUCAAACAUUUGGUAUCCAAUCCUUUUCAGCACGUUUAGGUCAAAAACGGGUAUUCUGGAUUUGUGUUUCUCUUUUUGAAAUGGCUUUCGGAGUUGCCGUCGUGGCGGGACUAACAUCUUCUUCUCCUUUGGUUAAAAUUGUCACGAGUUUGGGACAUGCUGUUCUGGGUUCUAUUCUCUGGUAUCAAGCAAAAUCUGUAGUUUUGAGUAGCAAAGCUUCCAUCGGAUCCUUCUAUAUGUUGAUCUGGAAGUUACUGUACGUGGCAUACUUUCUCAUGCCUUUAAUCAGAUAA